UCCUACUAGUGAUGAAGAAGAUGAAGAUGAUGAUGAACGAUUCUCCCUUCUCUCCAUUUUUUUCUCUGCUAGUGAUGAAGAAGAUGAACUAUGAUGAUGAUGAUGAUGAUGAUGAAUACGAUGAAGUUUUGCGUUUUUAUUUUGAUGUUUUCUACUGUUUUGAUGAUGAAGACGGUGAUGUUAAAGAUUCUGCUGCUAUUUAUGAUGAUGAUGAACCUUUAUCAUCUUCACAUGCUUGGAAGAUGAAGAUGAACUCUGUCGAUAUUCGUGUUGCUGUUGCUGUUGAAGAUGAAGAUGAACUCUAUUGAAUAUGAAGAAUGAUGAAGACGACGAAGUUCAUCAAACAGAAUGAACUCGUGUUUGAUGAAGAUGAACUUUGAUUUUUAGGGAUUUUUUGUGUGUGUUCAUGUAAAGAAUGAACUAUGUUUUUAGAUCUUGAAUUACUAGGUGUUCAUGUAAAGAAUGAACUCGUGUCGAAGAUAAACUCUGUUUUUUUUUUGUUCAUGUAAAGAAUGAACUAUAUUUUUUUGCGUGUUCAUGUAAAGAAUGAACUCAUUUCUAGGUUUGAAAUAGUUAGUUUUUGUUAGUUGUUCA